UGCCGCGUGUGUGCAGAGACGCGCUGGACGAGGAAUGCGCGCCGCCGCGAAACCUGCGCUGUCCACGAGCUGAAUGAAAACGAAUGACACGCUUCUCAGUAUGAAGGCGCCAACGCGUCAUAGGAUCGUAUUGUUUGGUGUUGGUGGCGUGUGUUUGAGCUUAUUGCUCCUGUACAAUAGCACUUCUACCAACACACCAGAAAAUCAGAAUAAUUCCAAUAGACAUCAGAUGGGAGAUAUACGACAGCACACAUCCUACUUAGGUUACAGCAGUCUCAUUGAUCAUAAGCCUCUUAGGAUGCAUUGCAAAUGUUGUGCUUUAGUGACCAGCUCUGGUCACAUGACUGGAAGCAAUCGAGGUGCGGAGAUUGACAACACGGAGUGUGUUAUCCGUAUGAACGACGCCCCGACACGAGGCUAUGAGCGCGAUGUGGGGCACCGGACGAGUCUGCGCGUGGUUGCGCAUUCCAGCAUGCAGCGUGUGCUGCAAAACCGCCACGAGCUAAUCAACUCCAGCCUGGAAACAUUCUUUAUCUUUUGGGGGCCUGGAAACUACAUGCGGGGGGACGGUAAAGGACUGGUGUACAACAACCUGCGUCUGAUGAAGCAGAUGAUGCCAGAACUACAGGCGUACAUCAUAUCACGCGAACAGAUGCUGCAUUUCGAUGAGCUCUUUAAGAAGGAAACAGGAAAAGACAGGAGAAGAUCUAAUUCUUGGCUGAGCACAGGGUGGUUCACCAUGGCAAUCGCUAUGGAGAUAUGUGAUAGGAUCAACGUCUAUGGCAUGAUUGCCCCCGAUUUCUGCAAGUCCUCCAACACCAAACCUUCAGUGCCGUAUCAUUACUAUGAGCCUGCUGGGCCAGAUGAAUGCACCAUGUACCUCUCCCACGAGCAGGGCCGCCACGGCAGCCACCACCGCUUUAUCACAGAGAAACGUGUUUUCGCCAACUGGGCACGAAUGUUUAACAUACACUUCUAUCAGCCAGACUGGAGACCAGCGGCUCUCGCACGGAACCCCACAUUCACCUGAGGUUCAUCCUGUUCAGACUCUGGAACAAUAAGCAUCUAGCAAAAGUUAUCUGUAUGACAGUUUGGGAUGUGUUUUGUCCCUUUAAGAAUAAAUGUAGUUAACUUGAAGACCUUGAAGGAAGUUAAAGUUUAUGAUAAUGCUCAUUGUUGUUUAAAAUGUCAAGGACUAUUUUAUACUACUUCUACUAUAAGCUACUUUUAUUUGGCAAGAACAUAUUUUUUAAUGAAUAUUCCAGACACAGUAAUACAACAAUAUAAAUCUUAACCUGUUUUUAUUAACAGCUGUAUUGAUUAGUCAUUGUUUAAUUUUAAAGCUAAGUUACUAUUUUAAUUAAAUCACAUUUGCUGUCUGGGUCACAUUGUUCUCCAUGUGUAAUUUUAUUCAGUUAUGCAUACAGCUUCACUUAUUUUUGCCACUUAGAGUGUCAAGCACAUAAUGUUAUACUGAUUUCUUGUAGCAGUAGCAUGCAAACACAACCAUUUAAAAACUGGACCGUUUCCAAAUGACACUUAAACAUAUGCAUUCAUUGGAUUUGCGUGCGUGCGUGUGUGUGCUCCUGUGAGAAGACAUUCAGUUCUUAAGCAAAGCUGAAUAUAUAAGUACUUUGGAGUACAUCAUUUGAAGGCACAAUGAUGUAUUGUUUAUUAAUUUAAUUACUCACAUUUGCAUUGUGUAUCGUAACAGUAUAAUUCUGUAACUCCCUCUAGUGAAAUAUUGAGUUUUAUACUAAUAAAUGGUUUGUCAAUGUGGUUUCUGCUCUUAAAUAAAC